UCUGUUACACUCUGAAUUAUUUAAGCAGCACGUCACAAGGGAUCUAGAGCAAGGUUGGUGACCUUGGGUUGAGUGUAGAGAUGAGGAAAAUCAUGGGUGCCAAAGUUCUCUUCUUCUUUGCUUUGCUUUCCUUUUCAGCUGUGUCGGCAUUUGCACGGGAUGAGGAAGACCAAGGUCUUGUUAUGAACUUCUACAAGGAUUCUUGUCCUCAGGCUGAAGACAUUAUCAAGGAGCAAGUUAAGCUACUGUACAAGCGACACAAAAACACUGCUUUUUCUUGGCUGAGAAACAUUUUCCAUGACUGUGCUGUCCAGUCAUGUGAUGCUUCACUGCUGCUGGACUCCACAAGAAGGAGCUUGUCUGAGAAGGAGACAGACAGGAGCUUUGGCCUAAGGAAUUUCAGGUACAUUGAGACCAUCAAAGAAGCUGUAGAAAGGGAAUGUCCUGGAGUUGUUUCUUGUGCUGAUAUCCUUGUUCUGUCUGCUAGAGAAGGCAUCGUUUCGUUGGGAGGCCCUUACAUUCCUCUCAAAACUGGAAGAAGAGACGGUAGAAGGAGCAGAGCAGAUGUUGUGGAGGAGUAUCUUCCGGACCACAAUGAGACCAUCUCUGGCGUUCUCGACAGGUUUGCCGCCAUGGGUAUUGACACCCCUGGAGUCGUUGCCCUCCUAGGAGCUCACAGUGUCGGCAGAACUCACUGUGUGAAGCUGGUGCAUCGGUUGUACCCAGAGGUUGACCCUGCCCUCAGCCCCGACCAUGUUCCACACAUGCUCCAUAAAUGCCCUGAUCAAAUCCCAGACCCCAAGGCCGUCCAGUAUGUGAGAAACGAUCGUGGGACACCCAUGGUUUUGGACAACAACUACUACAGGAACAUACUGGACAACAAGGGUUUGUUGAUUGUGGAUCACCAACUGGCUUACGACAAAAGGACCAGACCUUAUGUGAAGAAAAUGGCCAAGAGCCAAGACUAUUUCUUCAAGGAGUUCUCAAGGGCCAUUACUCUCCUCUCUGAGAACAAUCCUCUCACUGGUAGCAAGGGUGAGAUCAGGAAGCAAUGCAAUCUUGCAAACAAGCUUCACUAAAAUGCCUCGCCAAAGAGAAAGCCGAGAGUGGCCGAAUAAAAUGGUUGUUUACUUGUUUCUUUUCCAAGAGACAAGUUUGUUAAUGUGCAGUGAGUAAUGGUGCAAUGGUACUGGUUUGAUACGAUCGAUCCAUUGCAUUUUUUUUUAGCAUAAGCCAGGUUGCCUUCUCUUGAUGUUGGUCAUGGGCGUAGUGGAUGUAGGGAUGGAUGUAAUGUAUGUAUGUAAGGAUGGUGUUGACUGUGUAUGAUGCAUGAAUUUCAAAGAUUUAAAAGUUAUGAUGAUUCAUGCAUAA